GUUCAGAGUCAGACCACAUUACUGUGCGUGAGGUUUCCCAACUUAACAUGAUGAGCACUCUGAAUGUGAUGACAAUAUGAUGAGAGGAAGCAGGGAGGUACACACCCUCCAACUUCUGCUUUUCACUCCACAAAAAAAUCACCCUCAGGAAUGUGCAAAGCAAUCCAUCUGAUGUCUUCAGUGUGUUGAUUUCUAACAAUGGACAAUUUGAUUCUGAUUAUUCUGGUGACAAUAUCGCCAGGUGUGUGGAGUGGAGACUGGAGGGUGAUCGUUGAAGAUGAGUGUGCUUUAAAAGGGACGUCAGUAGUUAUUAAGUGCGAGUAUGAUUAUCCUUCAGCUCAUAUUGUCAUUUCAACCAGCUGGUCUAAAGCCCUGUAUGUAGAUGGGAAUUGGAAGCAGUUUCUCCUUUCACAAAUCCCUUCACCCCCAAACCACUUUCAAUAUGUGGGCAACCGGUGGAGUGACUGUAAACUGAAGAUCAAUGAUGUACAACCAAGUGAUGAGGGCGCAUACUUUUUUAAUUUUGUGACAACGUUCAACAGAUGGAGAAGUAAAACAUUUGCUAGCUUGUCCGUAAAAGAGUUGACCGCUGUCGUACAGCCGAGCACCGUGACGGAGGGAGACGUUGUCAGAUUGACCUGUGUGUCAGGUUGUCCCACGCCUGUGAGCAUUGUCUGGUUCAGAGAUGGACAACGUGUACCAAAUCCAGUCUUCCAGGCCGGGAGAGAGGAUGCUGGGAGGUACCACUGUGCCGUCCUGGGACAAGAGACGGCCAGAUCUGCCUCUGUGGCUCUGAGUGUUCAGUAUGCUCCCAGGAAAGUCAAGUUGUCAAUGAGUCCAUCAGUCGUCAAAGGAAGUUCGGUGACUUUCACCUGCAGCAGUGACGCCGUCCCACCUGUGACACAACGUGGAUACAGCCUGUAUAAAGACGGACACUUCAUCAGUUCAGGACAGAAUCACACCAUCUCUGACGUCCAGCCCAGCCACGGGGGGCUGUACCUCUGUCAGGCCUGGAAUGACAUCAGCUGGAGGGGCAUCGCCCGGAUCAACUCCACUGAGGUUCACCUUGAUGUCCAGUACCGUCCAGAGAACCUUUCCGUUUCAAUGGACCCGCCACACGUUGUUGAGGGCAGCAGUGUGAAUCUGAGCUGCAGCUGUGCUGCUAACCCUGCAGCAGACAACUACACCUGGUACAGGGCUUCUGGUUCUGGUUCCAGUUUCAGCCCCCUGAUCCAGGUGGGCUCAGGACAGGUGCUGUCUCUCCCCUCUGUGGAGGCGUCCCACACUGGAGUCUACGUCUGCCAGGCCAGGAACCCACUGGGGCAAAACAACUCGACUGAGGUGCUGCUCGCAUUAAAGGAAAAGGACCAUGGAAGCCGGUCCUUCCCUAUCUUGGCUGGAUUUGGAGUCUUGGUUUUUGUGACACUUCUUCUACUUCUUCUUUUGUUCUGGCUGAAACAGAGGACCCGCGCAGAGAAAAAGGUCCACACAUCGUAUGAAGAUGAGGUCACAUACUCAACAGUGACCUUUAAACCCAGAAACCCCGGUCCUCCACAUCACACAAACAGCAGCAGAGUGGCACCGGACUCCAGGUUCAAAGGCGGGGAGAACGACAACUCAGUGAUCUACUCUUCAGUGGCUAAAUCCAGCUGAGACGGAUGGAUCCUUUCCCUCUUUUUUGAGUGCAGCUUUAUCAUCAUCAUCAUCAUCAUCAUCAUCAAGAAACCUAUGUUAAUACAUGUUGUCUUGUCAUGUGGCGUCUUACUGUUAAGAUAGUUGUAUAAAAGUUAAAUGCUCAGUCUAUCGGGAGGAAAAGAGAUCUCAUAGCAUCUUUUUUUUGCUGUACAUUGUAUUUAUAUUAAGUUAUUCUAGAAUUUGCAAUACUUGACUGAAUGACAAUGUUGAAUAGUUUUGAUAUACGAAAAGGAUGGUUGGGGGGAAUCCUGCAACAUCAGAUUUGUGUCUAUUUCAUUCUGUUGUGUCUAGGAUACUGUUAUACUUCAGUAAAAUAAUUGUUCUUUACUGCAUCUGUACAGAUGAUAUUAAAAAUGUAUUA